AUGAAGUCGCUGCUUCUGCUCCCCGCUCUGCUGGCACUGACCUCGGCCGGUCUGCAGGACGUUGUGGACCAGAGCUCUAGGCACAGGAAAGUGUUCCUGCUGAACCCUGAGGCCGGCGAUCUGGUUCCUGAAGUCACCGGCAACAAUGAGGUCACGGGCCCAUUGGUCCCAGAAGAACUGGAGGACCGCUUCCACCCCGUGUCCUCCUCCUUGUUCGGGGACAAUGUCAACCUGGAGUGGGUGACCUGGAGCGGCUCUCUGCCCAACGGCGCCGUUGCAAUCUACAACAGCUACACGGAGCACACGGACUAUGUCUGCAAGUUCAAAUCUGAGGCCGGGUUCUACAACCCCAGCUUGGGUCCGUACUGCCGUUACCCCUAUUCAGACAGCGAGUACUAUGCCCCAGAGUUUGAGAUCCUGGCCAACAAAGACAACUUCGAGUUCCUGGAGUGGAAGGAGGACUCGUACGGUUCCGUGCCCCAGCACUCAGUGAAAACCUGCAGUUCCGGUUCGGUCUUCGUGGGUAAGAACAAGUAUGGUCUGGGGAAGGUGGUCCCCAGAUACGAGGCCUUCUUCCUGCCCUGGGAAGGGGAUGAGUACUGGUACAAGAAGUACCAGGUCCUGACCAUCAACAGAGAUGCCUACACGCAGCACAUCUCUGACGUCAAGUACAACAUCGACGAGGUGGAGCUCUUCCAGUAUCCUCCCGAGACCAUGCAGAUCUCCGGCGUCACCAACAACGACUGCCAGGUCGUGGAGAAAACCGUCACCAUUUCAAAGACCACAGAGGUGGAGACCACCUGGAACAUCGGUCGAGCGACCAUGCUGGGCAUCGCCGGCAGCAUCACAGCAAAGAUCCCUCUCAUCGGCUCUGGUGGCAUCGAGUUGAGCGGCGAGAGGACACUGCAGUUCUCCAGAGGCACCACCAUGGUGGAGACGCUGGGCCACUCGGUGUCCGUGGAGCUCAGCAUCCCUCCCAACCACAGCUGCAGGGUCCGCAUGGAGGGCCGCAAGAUCAAAGCCGACAUCCCCUACACCGCUCGCCUGAGUCGCACCUACCGCAACGGCGAGACACAGUGGACAUCCAUCUCAGGAACCUACGACGGCGUGCAGAUUGGAGAGGUGCGAGCCGUCGUGGACCGAUGUGAGCCAGUGCCCGAUGCCAAACCCUGCCCUUGA